AUGGGUCAAAGUCAAAGCAAGGGAAAAGAUUUUGCUGAAAUAGCUCAAAACUCUAGACAGAAAAAGUAUGGUGGUCUUGAUACAACAUUUUCUAGUAUUUUGUUUAAUCUCUUUGAUCGUAAUGGUGACAAGGAUAUUGAUUUUCAAGAAUUUUGUUUGGCCUAUGGAUAUUUGGUAAAUCGAUCACUGGAUGACGUCAGCACUGUAUCAUUUAAAUGUUUGGAUUUAAAUGGAGAUGGUGAAGUGUCCAAGAAUGAGUUGCGCAGUGUCGUCAUGAUGAACAAAAAGAUGGAAAAGUAUGUAAAGAUACACAACAAGCAAGUGCCAUUGGACAAGAUAACCUUGGAUCCAAGAGAAACUUCAGAUAUCUAUGACAAGGCUGAUAAGCUAUUCGCAAUGCUAGACAAGAACGGUGAUGGAAGGGUUUCAAACGAAGAGUUUAUGACCCUCGUCAAGAGCUCUCCACAAAUUCAAAAAAUCUUUACCGAGUUGUUGGUAAAGGACGAGUCUGUUGAUUUCUUUGGUGUAAAUAAAUAG